AUGGCCGAUGAGGGAGCGGCCGGGUCAUCGUCCUCGUCGACGCCGUGGAGGUGGGCAUCGUCAUCCUUGUCAGAGGAAGGAAUGUGUGACGUGUUUCUGAACUUUAGAGGCGAAGACACAAGGUUUGCAUUCACAGAUUAUCUCUACUAUGCACUCUCCGAAAUCGGAAAGCUCAAAGUAUUCAGGGAUGAUCCGGGUCUGGAACUAGGUGACGAAAUUAAAUCUACUCUCAUGGAAGCCAUUAAAAGAUCCAGGAUUCAUAUUGUUGUGAUGAGUGAAAAGUAUGUAUGUUCUUCAUGGUGCCUCCUGGAACUAGAGCAGAUGCUCAAGUACUCCGAUGAUGGAAACAAACGGUAUGAAACUCAGGUCAUUGGUGAGAUUGCUGAACAAGUCUUUGCAAAACAUCGAAAGAUCAAGCAACUAUUGGAUAAAUUUGAUUCUGAAUUUGAAGCGGUCGAACCACUUUUGAACCUUGAAUCUUGUGAUACUGUUCGUAUGGUGGGAAUUUAUGAAGAUCCUAAAAUAGGCAAAAGUUACAUAACAACAUUUGCAUUUGAGCUAUACUAUAAGAUCAAAUACAAGUUCAGAGCGGCAAGUUUUCUUGUCGAUGAGUUGCAACAUAAGAGAGUGCUUCUGGUUCUGGAAGGGGUUAAUAGUGACAAGCAUUUGGAGUUUCUAGUGGGAAUGGGAAUAGGUCAUUGGUUUGGUCUUGGUAGUAGGAUCAUCAUAACAACAGAAAACAAAGAUCUCUUUCAGAAUCAUCCUGUGAUGGAUGGUGUUGAGCUUAAGACACAUUGCUUUGGUGAAGGUGAAUUCAGUGGCAGAAAUAGGAUUGUAAAGGAAAGGAAUGUAGUGAAAGAUUUCAUCGAUGUGAUUAAUCAACUGAGAGAAGAAAAUUCAAUGAGGAGCAAUGUUGUUUCAAUUGUCAGUGAAAUAUUCACGGUGAUUUGGCAACUGUUUCCAAAGAUUAUAGAGAAACGAUGUUUUCUCAAGCCUUCUUCGUUCUUUGAUGCAAUCCACAGCUACACCCGAAAAUGA